AUGGAUUCCAUUCAAUCAACUUCUCAUAAGGGCUGCCCAGAAGUGCAGGCCUCUGAGUGCUGCUUGUUCAGUGAUGGCGCCGCUCAGACCGACCCAGUCGCUGAGGCUCAACUGCUUCCGGAGCUCGAGGAGAAACAAGAGUUGCCGUGCCAAGAAGCUGCAGUACAGGUAACACCUAGUUGCCUCGAUUGUGGCGUCCAGAGCGAGGUGAGCCUGGAGCACUGUGCUUCUCAGACAGAGGUUGCUGUGGAAGAUGUUGCUGCGCAGACGGAGGUGAUGGCACAGCAUAGCGCCACGCAAACAGAGGUACCUGGUCUGAGACAUUUUGAAGUUCAGACAGAGGUGCUUGCAGAUGCGGAGACGCUUCCAGAGGUCGCGGUCACGAUGGUUUCCACCGAGAUGCAGACCGUGGCCUUGGAGGUCAAAAUAAUGACCUCCACUGAGAUGCAGACGUCUUGCACCUCUUUCGUGGAGCGCUUUGUACAGGCGACUGUCGAAAGCGUUUGCAACUCUGCACAGGUAAGCUGCGCAAAGACUUCCGCAGCUACUCAGGUGGAGAAGCGCAAAAUGAACCAUCAAGCCACUCAAGCAGAGGACUCUUCAGCUGUUGAGGUUGCUCAGCGGCUCAAAGAUCUGGAGGACUCUGUGGCGGCUGGCGCCAUGGCCAAGGCCAAAGAGCUCGAGGCAUGGCAGCAGAUGGCGACUUCGAAAGCCAUGAGCCGUUUGAACGUCACCAUCCUGUGCCCUCGAGCUGAGUGUACAGUGAAUGGUUCGAAGGUGGAGAUGGAUAGCUGGAACUCCGCUCGUCUGCGCGAAGACUUCGAGGAGCAGGUCAGCAGCAAAUUCCGGGACAAGUUCACCGGACAACUGCUGGGCCGCAAGAAGGUGGAAUGCGACGCUGCUGAAGGGGAUGGCACCAGCUUGGCACGGAAUGGCUUUGGCAAGUACUUCAACGACACAGAAGGUCUUGGAAUUUGCCAAGGCCGGCGCUUCAUCCCGGAUGGUUACGGGGAGACUUAUCAGUGGAGACCUUGCAAGAGACAGUUGUCUGAGCCCGGGAUGUUGCACAUAGAGAAGAACGAGGGCAAAGGCACGGUAGAGACUCCAGCCCUGCGGGUGUUCAGUAUCCCUGAGCGACGCCACGUGCGCCAAGUAGAAUGCAAAAAGGAAUACGGUGACCUUCCAGUAGCGAAAGGCACCGUGAUGCGCGAGAAUGGCCUCCGAGCCGCAGACCAACCAGCGAGGGAGGUGGACGUCACAGUGGAGAUGCAGCGGAAGGCACGGAACCACGAGCUGGAUGCUAAGCGGAACAACAUAGGUUGCAGGUCCUUGGGAGACAAGAACUACCGACACCCCGAGUACAUGUCGCGUUUCUUCCACUCAGGGGAACUGAUUGUCGGCAGUGGCUUUCACCGCGGAAUGCAUCCGAAGACUGAGCCGCGGAACAGCAAUGUGGUGCACCUUGAAUUGGAUCACAGGCCUCCCGCGAAGACCUACAUGGAGAAGCAGCGAGAGAGGGCCAUGCAGGAAGCAGAAGCGGAAGUGGAAAAUCUCACCUUACGAUGGGAAGCGGACACUCUCAAGGAGUGCGAUCAAGGCUACGUCGAGCCAAUCGAUUCAGAUGAAGAACCCGAAGCUGCAGCAUCUUGA